AAAAAGAAAAAAAGGAAUUAAGUUUUGCUCUUUAAUCAUUACUAUUCUUUCUUUAUGAUUCAAAGUUCAAACUAAGUUCAACAACAAUCAUGCAUUCAUUGAUACAUUCUCACCUUAAUACUGUAUAUGUAAUUGUCGAACCGACACGACACAAACUAUUGUCGGCUGAUGCACAAGGAAAAAAACCAGACAAACAGGCGAGGCCUGUUAUUAAGUCAUAACUCAUGUCAUAAGGCAACUCCAAAUACUGGGUUUUAUUUAUUAGGGCUCCAAAGUCCUAACCAAAAAAUCCAAGAACUGAAGAAGAAAAUGUCGAAGGAUGAAUAUGGGGUACUUCUCUAUUACAAAUACGCCUCCAUCCCUGAUCUCAAUUCGCUCUUCUCCUUCUACGAAUCCAACUGCAACUCUCUGGGUCUACUCGGCCGAGUUCGUCUCUCUCCUAAUGGCGUUAAUGUCACCGUUGGUGGGUUGCUGUCCGCAUUGAAAAAGCACAUUGAAGCCGUCAGGUCGAAUAGUUUGUUCCAAGGAACUGACUUCAAGCUUGCUUCUUCUCGUCAUCCUUUGAAUGACAAGGUUGCUCUUGAAUGUGGCUUUACUUCUCUUUCAAUUCGUGUUGUCAAGGAAUUGGUUACUUUCAGUUCCCAUCCCCUGUUAAAAGCUCCAGAGGUUUCUAAUGCUGGGAGGUAUCUCUCUGCUUCCGAGUUCCAUUCUGUUCUUCAGAGUGCUGGGCAACUUAUGAAGAAUGGAAGUCCUAUUGAUGAUAAGCAGGUGGUUCUUUUAGAUGCGAGAAAUUUAUAUGAGACAAGAAUUGGCAAGUUUCAUGCUCCAAGUGUGGAGACACUGGAUCCAGGUAUCAGGCAGUAUAGUGAUCUGCCCUCUUGGAUAGAUGAUAAUUCAGAACAAUUGAGAGGAAAACAUGUCCUCAUGACGUGCUGUUACGGAAUGUGGUAUUGCACUGGAGGAAUCCGUUGUGAGAUGGCAUCAGCCUAUAUUAGGUCAAAAGGUGCUGGCUUUGAGAAUGUCUUUCAGUUAUUUGGUGGAAUACAGCGCUAUAUGGAACGAUUUCCUGCUGGUGGUUUCUUCAGAGGAAAGAACUUUGUUUUUGAUCACCGGAUAUCAGUUGGGAGCUCAGAUACAAAUAUUAUGGGUGCCUGCCUUAUUUGUGGCUCUUCUUAUGAUGAUUAUUCUUCACGGUGUCGCUGCACUCACUGCAGAAUGCUUGUUUUGAUCUGUGAUAGUUGUCGGAUAAAGAGUAAUGCAUACAUUUGUGAGCUGUGCCAGAAACAUCAUAUGGAUAUUGGAACAAUUCCAUCUGUGGAAGAUAAUGAGCCUGAAGCAGUAUUGGACCAAAAUGACCUGAAAAUUGAUUCUUCAGAUUCCAUAAUCCCAUCUCAGCUGCUUUCAAGAUAUGGCAAUGUGCCUCCAAGGAAACUAAGAAUUUUAUGCUUGCAUGGUUUCCGGCAAAAUGCCUCGAGUUUUAAAGGAAGAAGUGCAUCAUUGGCCAAGAAACUUAAAAGCAUUGCUGAACUUGUUUUUGUUGAUGCACCCCAUGAGUUGCCAUUCAUAUACCAAUCUUGUAUGGAACCAAACAGUAGUUGUGCACCAUCUUCCGGACAACAUGCUCCUCCACCUGAAAACUGCAAGAGGAAGUAUGCAUGGUUGGUUGCACCUGAUGUCGAUGGUAAGAACGAAGCUGAUUGGAAAUUAGCCGAUCAGCCGUUUGAUCCUCUCCAGUACCGGGGGCAAACAGAUGGCUUUGAUGUAUCACUGGCUCAUUUGAAAAAAGUGUUCUCAGAGCAAGGUCCGUUUGAUGGGAUUUUAGGAUUUUCACAAGGAGCAGCAAUGGCUGCUUUACUUAGUGCACAAGGAGACAAUCUAAAGGGUGAAAUUGAUUUCAGAUUUGCGAUUUUGUGCUCCGGAUUUGCUCUUCCAUUACCAGAUUUUGGGCGACUACCCAUAAAUUGCCCUUCGCUUCAUAUAUUUGGUAGCCAUCCUGGUCAGGACAGGCAGAUCACAAGUCAAAACAGCAGAUACCUGGCAUCAAGAUUUGAAGAUGGUUGCUCUGUUAUCAUUGAACAUGAAUUUGGUCACAUCAUUCCUACUCGGUCUCCAUACAUUGACAAUAUAAAGGACUUUCUUCGAGGUUUUCUCUGAUGUAUUGAAUAUGUAUUUGACAAUCUUUUGAUUUUUCAUUUCCGUAUUUAGAAAUAGGGUUUAGCUCUGGAAUUGAAGAGAUUAAUUCUUUCAAAUAUGACCUAAUGGUCCAAGUGCAUGCUAGUGAGCAACUGCAUUUUUAUGGGAGAAAUU